ACUGAAUUGACUUUGACAUUACUUUUGAGGUUAACUUUCAAAAGAAAAUAUUAUGGAAAUGGAAACUCCUACUUUAAAAUAUUUAACCAAUGUAGAUUUUGGAAAACCGCCUGAAAAUCAGAAUGAGAUUUUACAAAAAAUGGGAGAACCACACAUUACUAGCUUCAACUACAUGGUAAAUCAAGGUCUGACCGAAGCCAUCAAAGACCUGAAUUCCGUAGAAUUUACUUUAAACGAUAGAAAAAUUAAACUUUGUAUUACUGACUAUUCUUUUCACAAACCAGAGGUGUCUCAGGAAAUGGUUUUAGUUUCAAAUAAGACUAUUUAUCCGACAACUUGUAGACAAAGCGCCGAUACAUACAAGGGAAAAUUUUUUGUUGACGUAGGGUGGUAUGUUGAUGGUGUUCAACAACAAUCGUUUACUAAAGAUUUAGGGGAAAUACCUAUUAUGGUUAAGUCUGACCGCUGUAAUUUACACAAACUCAAACCAAAACAAUUAGUAGACCAUGGCGAACACGAACAGGAAUGGGGUGGUUAUUUCAUCAUCAAAGGUAACGAAAAAUUAGUGAGAAUGUUACUAAUGACCAGAAGAAAUUACCCUAUAGCUAUUAGACGAUCGGGUUGGAAGCAAAGAGGGACGUUAUUUUCAGAUUCUGGUAUAUCCAUACGAUGUGUGAGAAGUGAUCAGACUGCUACAAAUAAUGUUCUACAUUUUGUGACAGACGGUUCAGCCAAACUUAUGUUCAGUUAUCAAAAGACGUUGUACUAUGCUCCUUUAUGUUUAAUUUUGAAAUGUUUAUGCAACUUUAGCGACCAGUACAUAUAUCAGAAAUUGAUUCAAAGUUGCGAGGAUGAUACAUACUAUGUUGAUUGUGUACAAAACAUGUUGAGGGCGGUCCAUCAGGAAAACCUCCAUACUACCGACGAUUGCAAAAUCUAUUUAGGCAGAAUGUUUAGGGUAAAAUUUUACGAGUGUCCCGAAUGGUACACGGACAUGGAAAUAGCAAAUUUUAUUCUAAAGAAAUGCAUUUUAAUCCAUUUGGAUAAUAACGAAGACAAAUUCAACAUGUUGGUCUUCAUGACUCAAAAAUUAUUCGUUUUCGCUCAAGAUAAAUGCAAAUUGGAGGGUGCCGAUGCAGUUAUGGUUCAAGAAUUAUUACUAGGUGGCCAUCUCUAUUUACAAAUCGUUAAAGAAAAACUCUACUCGUGGCUGAACGUUCUAAAAAUCAACAUCCUAAAACUGGCGAAGGCUAACAACUUUAACCUCACCCAAACGGAAAUUUUAAAGGCGGCCAGAAGUAGUGGCGGUCUGGAACACGCUUUGUCCAAUUUUUUGGCUACUGGAAAUGUCAAUAGCGUGUCAGGAUUGGGACUCAUGCAAGAUAAAGGUUUGGUGAUAAUGGCCGAGAACAUCAACAGAAUGCGAUACAUGUCGCAUUUUAGGGCCGUACACAGAGGAGCGUUUUUUCAAGAAAUGAGAACCACGGAAGCUAGACAAUUAUUACCGGACGCUUGGGGCUUUAUUUGUCCUGUACAUACGCCCGACGGCUCUCCUUGUGGUCUAUUGAAUCAUCUUGCUCUAGAUUGUGUAGUUACUGACGUGCCCGAUGCUGAAAAAGUGAAAAACAUUCCUGUAGUCCUGACGGAGCUGGGCAUGAAACCCCUGAAAUACGCAGACACCAUCGAUCUAAAAACCAGUUACUCCGUCCAACUAGACGGAAGAAUUAUAGGUUUCAUAUCGGCGAGCGACAUAGCCCGUAUUGUCCAAAAACUACGCUUAUUCAAAAUCAAAGGCAAACUGAUUCCCGAGACUCUCGAAAUCGCUUUGGUACCGAUAAAAAAAACCGUCGCCCAAUAUCCGGGUCUGUUUCUGUUUACGGGGCCCGCCAGAAUGAUGAGGCCUUUGAUGAAUCUGUACGCUAACAAUAUUGAACUGGUGGGGACCUUGGAGCAGGUUUAUAUGGACAUUUGCGUUACUCCCGAAGAAGCAUAUGAAAAGGUGACAACCCACAUGGAACUCUCAAAAUGCGCGUUUCUAUCAAAUUUAGCCCAGCUUAUACCUAUGCCAGACUGCAACCAAUCGCCACGUAAUAUGUAUCAGUGUCAGAUGGGCAAACAAACAAUGGGCACGCCGUGUCACACGUGGGAUCUUCAGUCGGAGACGAAACUCUAUAGGCUGCAAACACCAGGAUCGCCACUUUUUAGGCCUGUACAUUACGAUAAUAUUCUAUUGGAUGAUUUUGCCAUGGGUACUAAUGCUGUAGUUGCUGUUAUUAGUUACACGGGUUACGACAUGGAAGACGCCAUGAUAAUAAACAAAUCGUCAGAAGAACGAGGCUUGGCCCACGGCAUGAUCUACAAAUCGGAAUUCGUAGAGCUCGAUCACGUCGAUUCGUAUUUCGAAAGAGAACCUCCGACCAAAGACAAACCAUUCAAUUUACCGAAAUUCAUCGAUUCGGACGGUUUGCCGUACGUCGGUAGAAUAUUAAAGGAAUCGGAACCGCUGUACAGUUUUUUUGAUGCCGAUAGACAGCAUUAUGUCGUUAAGAACUUCAAAGGGAAGGAGGAGUGCUACUUGCAUAGCGUGAAGCUGUGCGCCAAUUUCGGACAAAAAAAUGCUAAGAAGACUGUUUGUUUUACUUAUCGAGUGCCGAGAAAUCCAAGUGUAGGAGACAAAUUCGCUAGUAGGGCAGGUCAAAAGGGUAUUUGCUCACAAAAAUGGCCAUCAGAAGACUUACCUUUUACGGAAACCGGUCUCGUGCCAGACAUAGUCUUCAAUCCACACGGAUUUCCCUCCCGUAUGACGAUCGCUAUGAUGAUAGAAAUCAUGGCGGGUAAAUCAGCCGCUCUUCACGGCCUUGUACAUGACGCGACGCCGUUCAAAUUCACCGAAGAAGACACCGCCAUCGAUUACUUCGGUAGAUUACUAGAAAAAGGCGGUUACAAUUACUACGGAACGGAAACCAUGUAUUCCGGAAUAGACGGUAGGGAAAUGACUGCUCAGAUUUUCUUUGGAAUCGUACAUUACCAAAGAUUGAGGCAUAUGGUGUCCGAUAAAUGGCAGGUUAGAUCAACGGGACCGAUAAAUAUUUUAACGAGACAACCUUUAAAGGGAAGAAAGAGAGGUGGAGGUGUUCGUUUCGGUGAGAUGGAACGCGAUGCCCUUAUUAGCCAUGGGGCAUCGUUUUUAUUACAAGAUAGAUUGUUUCAUUGUUCAGACGAGACUACGGCUUUCGUUUGCACCUCUUGCGGGACUCUUCUAGGACCUGUAACGGCCGUUACGAGGUUUUCCGAUAAACCUCAGCACGCAGAGACAAAGGAAACUUGCAGGUUAUGCGAUACCGAGGAACAUAUUUCUAAGAUACAAAUUCCUUAUAUAUUUAAAUUUUUUGUUACACAAUUAGCCUCUUGUAAUAUAAAUGUAAGAUUAGGUUGCCAACAAGUUUAGAUAGGGUAUAAUGCAUGCUUU